GUACAUCAAACCCUCUACCACACCGCUACUAAUCGGGCAUCUUUUUUUCACGCUCGCUCUCUCCUGCUCUCUGAACGACUGUACAAGACUGCGCUGAAUCAAACGGGUAGUUUUCUUGCCGUUUCAUGUGUCGGAGAUUUUUUUUUUUUCAUUCUGUACGUUUUUGGAGAAUCUGGCAGCCAUCACCCCACACCCCACACCCCACACCCCAUGCACACACCGCUGCUGAACUCGCACCACAGAGAUACCGGACUGCUGGAGACUUUGGAAAAGCCGGACAAGGAGCCUUCGACGAGCCGACAGCAGGACACCGUCAUGAGCCUCAGUACGCAUUCGGGUACACGAGGCCGGCCUCCGGCAAAUCGCGCCUCGUGUGGGAAUAGCACCAUCCCCGACAUCACCGUACGUUCGCCUGCCGAUGGUUUACCUCCUCGCCUGGCCAUCCCACACGAGCCUCCCAAGGUCCCACGCCGGACCCCCAGCAAGGGGAACAAGCGAGAGACCUUAGCGGACAUCGCAAAGAGGAUUCCCGUGGGGCUCAUGCGGCACUACUUCAACUACCCGCUUCGGGCAGCUGCGGAGGCUAUGGACAUCUCAGUGACGACUUUGAAGCGAUUGUGUCGGAGGCAUGGCGUCAAGCGAUGGCCUCACCGCCAGAUCUGCGGCAUCAACCGCACGCUCAAUGACCUCGAGACGCAGCACGACACCGCCAAGGGAGACGAGGUCGACUCGGUCGCUGAUCAGCUUCGGCAGCUAUACAGACGCCGAGACGUCAUCAUUGAGCUGGCGUUCGAGAGCGACGACGAAUCAAUCAGCAACGGGUCCGACGAUGCUCCGCCGGCCGGCCGCAAGCUCAGCAAGCGCGGCAGCUUUACCUCCUCGGACGGGGGGGGCUCCUCGGCAUCGUCCUCCUCCUUCCCGUCGCCCCCCUCUUCUCCGUCUCCCUCGCGGUCGUCUUCCUUUGUCUCACCGCCGGCCUCGCCCACGCCCACGGACGAACGCACGCAUACUGCGGCUGGUGUGACGUGGUUGAACAACGGUGCCCCGGGGACGGGUCUGCCGUCUUUGGCGCCGGUCCUCUCCGUGACGGUCUCAAGCGGCGGCGGCGGAGGCGGCGGAGGCAGCAGCAGCAGCAGGAGCAGCAAGUGUCCCGCCGUAAGAAGCAGAGGUAGCAGCAGGGGCGCCAAAAUUUCCAGCGGCGGCGUCGGCUCGAGCGGCAGCAGCGGCAGCUACGGGAAGACCAGCAGCGGGAGCAUGCGUCCUCACCGGCCCAGCGGCACCUCCGGCUCUGGAAGGUCCAAGGGGCCUCGCAAGCCGAGGUCGUCGGCGAUGUUCGGCAGCAUCCCGGGCCUGGGGAAGGUGCCACCACCGGUCGUGACGGUGGCAACGGGUGCGGCCGUUUCCACUACGCUAAGUCUCCCCGAGAGGACCAGCGCAAGCACCAGCACGAGCACCUCCCCGGUCCGAGCAGACGCGAGUACCGAAACCUCUUCGCGUGUGACCAUCCCGGUGCCUUCAAGACCUCUGUCGGCGUCGAUUCCUGCGAACAGCAGCAGCACCCACGACGGCGGUGGCACGAGCACCGUGGCGCGGCUUUCCCUCAUCGGCUCCGGCGCUUCCUGGAUCAGCGACAACGACGCCCCCUCCCCGAGCACCACCAGCGUCGACAUCCUCGGGCUGGGGCCGCACGGCAGCCAGAAGAUGGACGAUCUCGCGAUCCUGGGAGACCUGCUGUUCGGCCCAGACGAUGCGGCUGUAGCGGCGGCGGCGGCAGCCGGUGUUCGGGCCCAGAGCUCGGCGGCGACUUAUCCCCCCCCCUCAUCGACGACGUCGCCCCCCUCCUCGUCCUACGAGCGCGGGUUUUCCGCCGGGCUUGCCUCGGCAUCGAACUGGGGCGGCGGGCUUUGCUGGGACGCCAACGGCCUCAGCCACUUGGGUCCGUUGUAGUGAAGGGCUCGAUCUCACAGGGGGGCGGGCGGGAUGUCAGGCCAUGAUUUUCGGGGGGGGCUGCGGUUGACCACUUCUGGCUGGUAGGAGAUUGUUGCUCGAUAUGGGCAACGGGGGAGAGGGCUUCGAGUAGCGAGAGGGUUUUCAUGAGGCGAUAAUCGUCGUUUUCAACACAACGAAGGCGGCGGAGGUCCUUAUAGAGUAAUUUCCUCUUUCUAGUUCGGGAGCUUAACCCCCACCUCUCGUGCCAUGGCCGCGUUCUAGGCAGCCUUGGGUCAUGUUUGUUCGGUUGUGUUUCCCAAGGGAGAAACGUCUUUCUCUCUCUUGCUGGAUGUGUACGCUGGUCGAGGUUUUCCCUGCGUUGUUGUCUCAUGUCGGAGAGUGUGCUGCUGCACUGUAGAUGUUGGGACCAUCGUGUGCUUCCAAGUGGGACAUCAAGAACCCGGAUCGAGGGCGGCUUGGACGUCGCUUGUCUUGGAAAGCGAGUGGGUUUGGGAAAUGGUACCGGCAAGUGGGGCGGAGCCCGCCAUGGAAAUGAGAGACUUGAGCGAGGCGAACGUUUCGGUACGUCACGUUCCAAAGGGAUCUGAUCGGGGUGUUGUAGGUAACGUACGGGGAGACUAACGCAAUUUGUUGAGCGACCGAGCAACCGACGUUAGGUCAGAUGUUUUCGGCGAUUUCGACAGGGUCUUGCCGUUUGGAACGAAGAAUCGCAGCGUUUCUUUCCCCUCCCUCUCCUUCUCUGAGGUAGUGACUCGCCGUGCGUGUACAGCACUCGAUGAGAGAGAGAGAGAGAGAGAGAGAGAGAGAGAGAGAGAGAGAGAGAGAGAGAGGUUGAGGUGUUGUGUUUGCGGUAUUUGGUACUGUCCGUUCGAAACCUCGGAGGGUGGUGUAUGUACGAGUUGGGAGAGCCGAAAUGUUGGGAUGUACUGGUCGUAUCGGUAGGCUUGAGGUACAACGUUUGCGCCCAACAGAACAGGGAGAAGGGAAUUGUCAGCUGCGUGGUGGUUACACGUGGAGCGCGAAUACCCUGCGAGAAAUUUUGUGCGGCUAUUUGCAGAUUGUAGGUGCUCUCUCCUCACCUACCAACGAGUUAGAUACCGGCGGAGCGCACCGCCUGUUUGAUGCCGCAGAAUUAUACAAACAUUUCGUUGUACUUGCUGGCGUGGCGGUAUAUUUUUGUGGAGCUGGGUGGAACAUUGCAAGCAUGUGCACAGACUACGGGGGAUAUUGGUUUGUAGGACAAAGGAGGUGCAACGCACGCCGCUCAUCGAAAUAUACGUCGUCGAUGAUGAACUCAUUAAGCAAAUGUGUGGGAAGACGUUGUUGUUGGCGUUGAUGUCGUGUUGUUUGAUGUAGAAGCAUUAAUAGUUUUCUCCUCGUAUGUUUAGCGGGGACCCUAGAUUUCGUUUUAUCGUCGGUUAGCUUUGGGACGGCCCGAGCGUAGAGAAUCCGCGUGUACAGUCAAGUAGCAUCAUACC